AUGAUGGCUGGAGUAAGGGCCACCCUGGGGCUGUCUCUCACCUGCAUCUCAGCCCUCAGCCUCGUCUCCCCUGCCUGGUUCCAGAUGCCCACCUUCUCCUUUGGCGUCCUCACCUACUGCUCCUGGCCAGGGGACAGCUGGAACCAGAGCUGUGUGACCUUCAGGUCCCUGAAGGACAUUCCUGACUUUGCGUGGAAGGUGGCUGCCGCGCCGCUCCUGGGUGGCUGGGUCCUGCUGGCUGGCAGUGCUUUUCUCCUCCUGGCCUGGACCCUGGCCCCCAGAGGGCUGUGCCCAAGAAGGGGCAGUGGCCUUACGCCAGGGGUCCAGGCAGCUGCAGCUGUCACCUCCAUUGUGGGUCUGUUGGUUUUCCCAGUCACCCUGGCCUCUCCAUUUGCCAAAGAAGCCUGUGAAGUCUCCUCCAUGUACCAUGGUGGGAAGUGCCAGCUGGGCUGGGGCUAUGCAACUGCCAUCCUCAGUGUGGUGCUGACCACCCUCCUGCCCCUCACUGAGGGGCCACGCAUGGCGCAGGCCCAGGUUGUCCUCUUCUCCAGCAACACCCAGAGAAUCAUCCGUAUAGAAAUGAAUAGAUAA